AUGUGGUAUGGGCUCUUAUUGACUGUACAUUGUUCAGUUUUAACUGCCAAGUAGAACUGACCGGAGUAAACUAUUCAGUGUUAGGAAAGGAGAGACCAUAAGGAAUAAGAGAGCCAUGUACAUUUUUCCAUUCAAUUUUGUCUGUGGCGUCACGCAGCACGCUUGUGAGCUGCAUACUAAUCAUACAAUGACGUUUUUGACGAUAAUAAUUGUAUUAUUGUUAUUUCGGAUUCGGUAAUAACUAUUUUCAUUGACCAAUCGGAUAUCGGUCAAAGGUUGCUGUCUUUUCAUUCGUUGAUGUUGUCACGUGUACCAAUUAUAUAACGUUAACAAAUUUUAAUUGUUUGACAUUUUCUGAUUUACGGAUAUUCUGUUCACCGGAUAUUGGUAAAAUGUGAUUUUUUUUACCUGCGGAAAGUAUUAUUUUGGUCCGUGGUCGAAUGGACAAUAUUGAAUAUUGCUGACAAGUUUUGUUUGGAGAAGGUCGUCAUUUAUACCAUAUUACGCUAACAUAAGAUAUUGUCCACCAUUAUCGUGAUUUUGGUUUAUUAUUUGUUUUACAUACUGUGUUCUUUACUUAACGAUAUUUUUUGGCAUUGGAAGAAUAUUGUUAUAAUUAUUUCAUCGUUGCCUGUCGGAAUGCCUUUAUCUCCGCUCACAUCUAGCCAAGUCCGAGCAUUUUUGCCCGUUGACACGUGGACUGAGGUUGUUCAACUUCGGAAUACUACACAUAAAGACAAUAGUGUAUUCUUUAUUUCUACUGAAGACAAAAUAAAUAAGAAAACUGUAGACUGCAAUAAAAUUAAAUUACAGUGUAGCUCUUAUGAAAAAGUUGAUAAAUUUGAACUUAUGAAAAUUGUAGCAGUGGAAAUUGAUGGCAAUUGGUUAAGAGGAAAAUUGUUAAGCCAUAAUGAGUAUCAGUCUGACAACACUAUAAUUGAAUUGAUUGAUGAGGGAUCGAUUUACCGUACUAAAAUGGAGAAUUUAUAUACCCUUCCAUACUAUUUUCUAUAUGAUCCUUUGGCACUUCCAAUCAAAUUUAAAAAUACUGUACCCAAAAACUCAACAUUUAGGAUAAAACCUUUGCUUUCUGAAAGUGAACUUCAUGAGGGUUUUGUUAUUGUUGAUGUGGAUGGUAAUGAAUCAAGUACUACUCAAAAUGAAAUAAAUCGGCCUCCUUUGAACAUUAAGAAUCUGUUAAGUUUUAACAAAGUUACGCCUUCAGUUAGUAAAAAUGAUACUAAGUUGACUAACGGAUACUGUAACGGUGUUUCCAGUGUAAGUGAUUUACCAAGUCUGAGAAAAGGUAGUUUCAACAGUAUUCCUAAAAAACAAGAAAUUCCAUUUGAAAAAGGAGAUCAUUGUAUUAUUACUCAUUAUGAAAACUUAAAACUUUUUUAUGUUGCUAAAACCAUUAAUCAAAUGCGUGUCAACAACGAUAUUUUAGAACAAAUUGAAUUAGAUGAAGUAGGUAAAAUUCCAAAACUAAACCCUGUAGUAGGUGAUACUGUCACAGUUUAUUCAUCAGAAUAUGGUAUGCGUUUUCGAGCCAUUAUUUUAAAACCAAUUUGUAACGAUGAAUUUGAAGUUUAUUAUAUUGACUUUGGUAAUAAAGAAGUAGUAUCUUCUAAAAAUAUAUUUAAAAUCUCUGAUAAAUUUCUGUCAAAGAAUGGUUCAGCUGUUGAAGUUGGAACUAAUCCACCCUCUGAUUUAAAAAUAACCCCUGCUAUAGAAAAUAUGUUUAAAGAAUUUAUCAACACUGAAACAGAAUUUUUAAUAGUGGAUUAUGUUAAAACGGAUUUAGAUCGCUUAGAAAAUAUAAAAUUAAAAAAUGUUAAAAAUGGAUUAUUUAUUAGCAGUCUUGUAAUGAAAUGUUUAUCAGAUGAAAAAGAAUCUGCUCAAACAACACAAGAAAAUCAAAACAAAAAUACUCAAAACAAUUCUAUACAUAAUAUUACUUACAGUGAAAAAAAUGAAAAUGAAUUAAGAAACGGCGAUUCAGUGUUUGUAAAACAUUUUGAAGAUUCAGCUCAUAUAUUUGUUGUGAAAGAUGUUAAAGCCUUCAACAAUUUAAUUGGCACAAUUAUCCAAGAUGAACUACAUUGUCCUGAAUCUAACUUUCAAAUAGGUAAUUUGGUUAAAAUUGUCUUGCCAAAAUCAGAGUACCGGGCAAAAAUAAUUAACACUAAUGGCAACGAGGUUCGUGUUAAGAGUCUUGAUUUCGGAAUUACUGACCAAGUUUCUACUGAACAUGUUUACAAACUUUCAGAAGAGUUAAAAAAGAUUCCUCCAUUGAUUAAAACAAUUGGACUAAAAGGGCCAUUUAUAAAGUGUAAUACAUCAGUAUUGGCUUUUGUUGACAAAAUAGAAAAUAUUAAAUACACUUUGGAAUUUGAUGAAAAGAACCCAAAUUGUCUUAAUGAAGCAGUUCUAAGAAGAGAAGGUUCAUCUGUAAGCCUUAUUGAUGAGAUUGUUAAAGCUGCUGAAAAUCAAAUAGAAAAUAAAGAAUCCAAUUCAAAUUUAAAGAUAGAAAAACCUACAAAAUUAGUAAAACAAAGUACAUUAAGUAGUGGAGAUAUUUGCGCAAUUACUUAUUUUCAAGAUUUUAAUUGUAUUUAUGUUGCUAAACUUAAGAAAGAAGAUUCUAAUUUCCAAUUGUGCAAUAUUGAUAUAGUUGCGGAAAUAAUGAAUAAUGAAGAAGGCAUUGCAGUAAAAACUGAACCUAAGGUUGGAGAAGUCUAUAAAGUUAAAUCGCCUUCAGAUAAUCAAUUUUAUCGUGGAAAAAUAAUAAGUAUAGAUAAAAAUACAAGUUUUGAAGUAUUUUACAUAGACUUUGGAAAUACAGAAAACGUUAAAACAAGUGAUAUAUUUGAACUUGAAGUUCAAUUCAAAGAAAUGAUAGACCUACCAGUUCUAGUUGGAAUUAAAGUUCACCCAAACACAAAAAUAACUGAAAAAAUUAAGAAUCUAUUUUCAGAUUUAGCAGACGAAAACAUUCCUCUAAUAAUUGAGUUUGAAGAUUGUGUUGUUAACAAAGUACAAUAUGUUCGUUUAAAGUAUCUUGAUUCUGAAGAAUAUGUAAAUGAUAAAGUCUUAGACGAAUUAAAGAAUCAAAAAAACCCAUUUAAAAGUGGUGACAUUUGUCUAUUGACACAUUUUCAAGAUUUCAAAAAUAUAUAUGUAUCUAAAGCAAUUAAAUGUAGUGAGAAUAAUUAUGAUUUGCACAAUAUUAUAAUGGAAGUAGCAACUAUUACUCCGAGUAAUGAUGAUUUAUAUGAAAAUCCUGCAGUUGGAGAAAUUGUUAUUGUUAAUUCUAUUUUGUGUGGGGGGGUUUUUAGAGCUGUCAUUAAAACCAAGAUGUCUAAUGGUCUUUUUGAUGUCUUAUAUAUUGAUUUUGGUAAUACUGAAAUUGUGGAGCCUUCUCAGAUUUUUAAACUCUCAGAAUAUUACAAAAACCAGCCUUGGUUAGCUAUUAAAAUCGGACUCAAUAUUAAUCUCAAUGCUAUAAAUGAUAGUAUUAAAGACAUAUUUGAAAACCUUUCUCAAAAUGUAGAACCAUUGAUAAUUGAAUUUGAUGACAUGUCUGAAAACGGAUUGGAAAAUUGUAUUCUCAAAAAGCUUUCGGAUGGUCAUAACUUAAACGAUGAAGUAUCAAAAUAUAUACCAUGCGAGGUACCAGUAACAUUAGAACAAAAACCAACAAUGACACAAAAAGAUGUUGACAAAAUAGUAUUGAAUGAAGCCAUUAUUACUGAUUCGACGACAUUAGCAUUGCCCAUAAAUACAAUUUUAAGAAAUAAUGAAAGGGUCAUUAUAAGAUACUUUCAUGACACUGAUAACGUAUAUGUUAGUAAAGAAUCUGAACUAGAAGCUUACUAUCAAUUAAUUAGUGAUAGUGAAGAUAAAGGGGGCGUCGAGGUUAGAAUUAAAAAUCGACUUUUUAAGCUCUCAUCUACUACAGAUAUAACGAAUGAAGUAAAUCCUCAAGUGGGGUGUAUUGUCAAAAUAGCCUAUGCAAACUUAAUGUGCCGAGCGAAAAUUCUUGAAAUAAGGAACGGCGGUAGUAUGCUUAAAGUUCAAUUUAUAGAUUUUGGAAAUGUGGAAGUAGUUUCAUCUAGUGAUGUAUACCAAGUUUCUGAAGACAUAAAAAAGAUUCCUAGCCAGGUUUUUCAUAUUGGAUUAAAAGAUUUACCAUAUAUUCAAAAAACAGAUAAAAUUGAGACUUAUAUUGCAGACAGACAAAAUAUUCACAUGUAUAUUGUGUAUGAUGAAGAUAAUCCUAACGGUCUUAAAAAAGCUUCAUUGAGAUUAACAGAAACUAAUGAUGAUGUUUUUGAAACAAUGUGUAUUGAUUUAGGAAUACCAUUCAAUAAGCAAGAAAAAUGUUUGACGAAAAAUGAUACAGAAGAUGUAAACGAAGUUGUAUUUUUAUGUGCUUCUGAAUCAGGUGAUGGGCCAGAUGCUGAAUUGAAUAAUGACGAUAUUGUUUAUUGUAGUCAUUUUGAGGACUUCAAUAACUUGUACAUUUGUAAAGGGUCUUGGAAAACUGAAAUACCAAAUAAUUACGAUGUAAUGAUUGACUCUUCAAAACCACAAGGUAUUAAACUAAUUACAAAUCCUAAGCUUAAAGAAAUCGUGAGAGUGAAAUAUGAAGAUGAGUUUAUACGCGGUGAAGUACUUGCAAAAAGAGACAGAAAUUAUAAAGUGUUUUUAAUUGAUGUUGGAAAAAUUGUAAUUGUUGAUUCUAAUAACAUUUUUGAACUACCUGAUAGACUAAAAAAAAUCCCUGGAUUAGCCAAGAAAGUUGGAUUAAAAAAUAUCAAUGAUCUUCCAGUAACUCCAGCUGUGAGGGAGUAUUUUAAAAAAUUAUGGGAUAAGGGAGCAGAAAUAGUUCCAUUAAUUUUGAAAUGUAAUGUUGGCCAAGCAAAUUAUUUGGAUUCUGUCGAAUUGAAGAAGAAAUGUUCAGGUCGAGACAUAAUUGAUGAACUAGCUCAAAUUGCUCAAAAUAAAAUGGAAACUAAGCUUAAUGAAUCCUAUGAAUCCUAUGAAUCCAGUAAUAGCUCUUAUACCAAAAUUCCCUUAAGUAUUUUGUAUCCAAAAAGUGGUGAUAAAUUCGAGUUGUUGUUUGCUAACAAUGUUGAUAAUGUCAUGGUACGUAGUGUUAAAUUAUAUGAACAUUGUAAGGAAAUUAUAAAUCAACUAAAAAACGAAAAAAAAGAAAACUUGGUACCUGUCUCACAACCAAAGAUUCAUGAAGUAUAUGUAGUUUAUUCUGAAAAGUUUAAAGGAAUGUGCAGAGGAAAAUAUCUGGGACCAAGUAUUGAAAACAAGGGAAAAUUUGCAUUAAGCGAUAACGCAACUGUUGAGUAUAUCGCAAGUGAUAAUAUAUGGGUAUUGCCUGUUGCUUUUAAACCAAAUAAGGUGCCAAUUGUGGUUAAUAGAGUUACUUUAGCUGGUCUUAAAAAAUGUAAUAACAACAAAUUAUCACAAUACUUUGAAAGUUAUAUUGGAAAAACUGUGAUUGUAGAGUUUGAGAGCAACAAUGAUAAUAAGUGGUAUAGCCAGGUGACAUUGCGUGAACCAAACAGUAGAGUUUCUAUGAACGAGGAAAUUUUAGAUUUAAUGAAUACAAAUCAAUCGUGUUCUUUAAUUCAACAAAGGCUUCAAAGAAAAAUAAUUAAUCCAGUGGUGAGUAAUAGUCUUUCAACAAAAUCGACACAUCCCAUUACAAGUGGUUCUUCUGUGCUAUUAACACAUUUUGAGAACUUCCAUUCCAUUUUUGUUCGUGAUGGCUCGAUUGAAGCUCUAGACAAAGUUCGACUGUUUAACAGAAAUAUGUUAGCAUUUUACAGACAAAAGAACAGUACUGACAAUGAAGAAAAUAUAGCUAUUAAUGAGAAAGUUUGUGUAUCAUCUUCAACAAUUAUGUACAUGUACUCAAGAGCUGUUGUAUUAAGCAAAUCUGGUGAUAAAUAUUAUGUCAGGCAUAUAGACUAUGGAAUUGAAGAAUAUGUUAGCAGCAAUGAUAUAUAUAAAUUGGAUGAUAGUUUUAAAAAGUUAGAUGACAUUGCUAUAAAGGUCCAGGUGCAAAACAUACCUAAAAUAUCUGAAUCUGAGUUAAAUAUUGUAAAAGAGUAUGUUCAAAAAAACAUCAUCACGCCUAGUGUAGUUUUUAAUAUUGAAUUUAACGAAUUAAACCCACACGGACUGAACGAUGUUGUAAUGAAAAUGCAAUAUAACAAUAAAGAUUUUGCUGAUGAAAUAAGGAAUUUGUUAAACACUUCUAAAUUGAAUAUUCAAUCAAAUGGAAACCCUGCUGCAGUUGGUUCAGAAAAUGGUAAUCAAAACAUCAAACCUCCUUUAUCUCCUUAUCUAGCUAGGAAGCAUAUUUUUAAAAAACAUUAAAGGUAAAUUUAUGAUCAUAAGUAUAUUUUACCAUAAGAUGUGACGUUAUCAUUAUUUUAAUUUUUUUUAUACUUUUAACAUAUUUUGUAUUUUCUAUGAAGACGACUGAUUAGUAUAUAAUUGAAUGGUUAUAUAAUUUAUGUUGCAUUAUAAUAAGUUUGUUUUCUUACAUUGUAUUCAUGUUUUAACCAAACAAUUGUUUU